AUGCCCAUCCAGCCGAAGGCCCGGCGGCGGGUGGGCGCGUCAGAGAAGCAGCAGCACUCGCAUGACACCCCCAUCCGAAUCCCCAUGCCCCUCAAGAGAGACUACACACGCACACGCACAACCUCUCAGGCGCUGACACGACCUGGGGCUGGCCCCAAAACGCAGCCCGCCCACACCUCUCUGCACGAUUACGGGCGCUGGGGCGGAGAUGGGCAAGUAAACUGGAGCAAGGGCUUGCCGUUAUGUAGGGUGGGAGAGGAGAUGGAGACGGUAUAG